AUGCUUCUAAGAAACGAUUACACCAAAGCCCUGGAGAAGAAGAAGAGAAGAUAUCACAAACAUGGACGUUCAGGUUCAGAUUCCACCAUUAAUAAUUUGGCAUCGAAAAUCGGUUCCUUACUCAAGAAGACAUGCCGGAGAAGCAAGCUUGAGUACCACGAUUAUCAGCGGCUUGCGGAGUCUCGUCAUGAUCAGGAGGACGCUGCCAGAACCAUUGAUAAAUCCCCAGGAAUGUACGUGCCCGUUUACGUCGACAAAGAGGCUAAGAGCAUCCAGGCCUUGGAUAUAUUGUUGGAGCUUUGGAGCUUUGAACGGGAUUGACCAACCAAACUGCUUUAUUGAAGUCGGUUGAGACAGGACUAUUGAACCGAUCAUGCAACCACAAGAUCAUGAAAAGGCG